CCCACGACGAAGCAAUUUACCCGGUCCUAAGUGACACAAAAAAUCAGUUGAACUGUCACAACGGGGUGGAUCGCUUUAACGCCAUUUUAAUGACUAUCAACACCUGCUCUUGGUUGCCGUUCAUUUGGAUUUGAUAUCUCAACAAACUUGUUAUUUUAGACUAAGUUUACCUCAGAGGAGAUUAUUGAAAUCAUAGAACAUGGUGAAAAGCAAAGUCUAGCAGGCGAAUUUACAACAGAGAUCACUCUAGCCCAGACUUCUGUCUUGAGGUCAUGGCGAAUUUUAAUUCCAUCAACACCAGUGUGGAGGAAAGCUUCGACAACUCGUCCGCUCCAAAGUUAUCCAACGUUCUAUUGGUCUCGUUCAUAGGAAACUGCGUGCUCAAUGUCCUAUUGUCAUUUACGGCGACUUUUGGCAACAUUGUGAUAGCAAUUUCUCUCCGGAAGAUUUCUUCGCUUCACGCUCCGUCUAAAGCUUUGUACAUUGGUCUAGCUCUGUCGGAUCUCGGUGUUGGUGUCAUUGGUCAUCCUCUUUAUUUGAGUUAUCUUUUAACUGAGAUGAAAUCAAACGGUGAAUUAAAACAAGACGGGGUAAUCCACGCCACUCAUAAUAUUUUGUCCGUUUUCCUUUGUGCAAUUUCAUUGCUAACCAUGACAGCCAUAAGUAUGGACCGUUUAUUAGCAUUGCGCUUAAAAUUCAGAUACAGAGAAACUGUUACACUUCGACGAGUAACUAUGGCUCUGAUAUUUUCAUACAUUUUAAGCGCAAUCAUGUCAACAGCGUAUGUAUGGAAUUACCCUCUGUACCUGGGCGCAACUUACGGAGGGAUUUUUAUUUGCGCCUUAAUAUCCUUUGUGUGUUGUAUUUUGGUGUAUAUAUCCAUUCGAAAGCAACAAACAAGGCAAGUCUUUCACUACGCUGCUUCCAAGCUGCCUUCAUUUAUUCUUAAAAGAAAUGCAGAUGAUUCCUCGUUUAACAUGUUGUCGUAUCGGAAGUCGUUCAUCAGCGCGCUCUAUGUGUAUGCCUCUCUCUGUGUAUGUUAUCUGCCUUACGCUUGUUUGAAAAUCAUCGGCCGAUUCAGCGGAUGGAACGAUCAUGUUUCUGCGGCGUUUUAUUGGUGCGGGACUUUGGUUUUGUUCAACUCUUCGUUAAAUCCUCUACUGUAUUGUUGGAGAAUUCAAGGCAUUAGACAAGCUGCAAAAGAGACCGUUAGAGGACUGAUAUUUUGUUUCAAAUGAUUUUCAAGAGAAAAAUCGCACUCGUCGAAUUAAUUUAUCGCUCCACGCAAUUAGCCAAAGUUUUAUCUGGAAAUUUUUUUCCACUCAGAAUUUCGGAGGCAUUUUCCCUCUGUGGCUGGUCUUGCACGAUCGACUCCAUUAAAAAUUAAAGAGAGAUCUCAUGAGGCGACAUAUUGGUCACGUUUGUUUAAGCAGUAUUCAGUUCAAGAAUUAAAAUCUUUAACCUUCCUUUACAAGAUUUUAAUUCAAGCUCACUGAUCAUGACAAGGUAACACAAGCAAACCUUAACACACCUUUCCGUUAUAUCAGCCUAUUUUGCAAUAAAGUGCGUAUAACAGAUGUUCAGUACAUGAUUAUUUUCGCGUUCUACUUCAAAAAGCAAGCAGUCCUGUUGAGACCUGAGUGGUCACUGGCUUGGUAUAAUAUCUAAUCUCAAGAUUGCCAUCUAACCUUAAUUCGACAAAGAAAGAAAAAACUUCAUAAACAAAGAGCUUCGCACCAGGUAUGGGCCGUUUUGUGAUUCAUUUUAGCCAAAAUGAAGUGAAAACCUCUGUCGCCCAGGUGGUUAAUAAGAAUCGAGUUCACAAAUAUUUGUCUUGAUGCAUAAAAUGCUACCUCGUGCGUCAAAUUUCGAUUAAAGUUUGCUAUUGAAAUAUAUAUUUCGUAAGGACACAUCCACAAAUACCUUAGACAAA